AGCUGAACCACCCCGCGUGCUGAACCACCAGAAGAUCAUAGAUUUUGUUUUUGAAACUGAUUGGUUCCUCAACUGAAAUUGGGCCAGAGAACAAAUCAAUGAAGGAACAUUCUAGAAGUUACACAGUAAAUGAUGUUUCUAUACCUGAAAUUUCAAGCAAUGGCUGUGACAAUCCUGCUUUCCAACUGGAUGAAACUUCUACACAAGAGGGUGGUUUAAAAAAUAAGAAAAUAAAGAACAAUGAAACCUCGAAGAAAGAAAAGCAGAUGGUUGGAUUUUUUGAACUGUUUAGUUUUGCAGAUGCUCUAGAUACUAUUUUAAUAAUUGUGGGAUCCAUCGCAGCUGUUGCAGCAGGAACUGGACAACCAAUUAUCAUCAUUAUCUUUGGCCAGGUGACAAACAGCUUUGUGAAUACUAGUUUAAAUGUGUCUACAGGAAAUGCAGAAAUGAAUAACUCAGCAUGUCCUCAGGCUGCUUCAGAUAUAGAAAAUCAAAUGAAUAAUCAUGCAUACUACUUUGUUGGAGUUGGCUUUGCUGUACUGCUCUGUAGUUUUGUUGAAAUCUGGGCCUUUGUGACUGCUUCUGCAAGACAAACAUCAAGGAUACGGGAUAAAUUCUUUUUUGCUGUUCUUCACCAAGAAAUGGCCUGGUUUGAUACCACACCAAUUGGAACAUUGAAUACGAGACUAACAGAGGAUAUUAACACCGUUCACAAAGGUAUUGGAGACAAGAUUGGUUUAAUAAUCCAAGAAUUUUCAACAUUUCUGAUGGGAGUUAUAAUAGGAUUUGUAUAUGGAUGGAAACUGACCCUGGUGAUAUUGUCUGUUACUCCUCUUAUUGCUGUUUCCGGGGGCAUAUGGUCAUAUAUACUAUCAGUAUUGACUGCAAAGGAGCUGCUGGCUUAUGCCAAGGCAGGGUCUGUGGCAGAAGAAAUUUUGUCAGCUAUCAGGACAGUUAUUGCUUUCAAUGGACAGAAGAAAGCUAUAGCAAGGUAUGAUAAAAACCUAGAAGAGGCUCUGUCUAUUGGAACAAAAAAGACUAUCACCACCAAUUUUUCAACUGGUGUAUCCCAGUUUUUGAUGUAUGGAUGUUAUACCAUCGGCUUCUGGUAUGGAACCAAGCUCACAAUAGAUGAAAGGGAUAAUUAUGAUAUUGGAACAGUAUUAAUUAUUUUCUUUUCUGUGCUUAUGGGUGCAUUUGCCCUUGGACAGGCUUCCCCCAAUUUGGAGAAUGUGGCCAAUGCUCGUGGAGCAGCCUACCAAGUCUUUAAAAUAAUCAAAAAGCCUCGUCCCAUAGAUAGCAGUUCCACUGAUGGAUUCAAGCUGGAUAAACUCAGAGGAGAAAUUGAAUUCAAAAAUAUCUAUUUCAGUUACCCUUCUAGACCAAAUAUUCAGAUUCUUAAAGGUCUGAAUUUAAAAAUACAACCCGGACAAACCAUUGCUCUUGUUGGUUCCAGUGGUUGUGGGAAAAGCACUACUAUUCAACUCUUGCAAAGAUUUUAUGAUCCAUCACAAGGACAGAUUACCAUAGAUGGGCAUGAUGUUCGAACCCUUAACAUCAAAUGGAUGAGGGAAAACAUUGGCAUUGUAAGCCAAGAACCAGUUUUAUUUGCUACCACAAUUGCAGGCAAUAUUCGUUAUGGCAGAGAGGAUAUUACUGAUGCUGAAAUUGAAGAAGCAGCCAAAGAAGCAAAUGCUUAUGACUUCAUAAUGAAGCUUCCUGAUAAAUUUAAUACCAUGGUUGGAGAAAGAGGAGCCCAGCUCAGUGGGGGUCAGAAACAGCGUAUUGCUAUUGCUCGUGCCCUGGCCAGAAACCCCAAGAUCUUGCUGCUGGAUGAGGCCACCUCUGCUUUAGAUAAUCAGAGUGAGUCUAUAGUCCAAGCAGCACUUGAUAAGGCCAGGGCUGGGCGCACCACCAUUGUAAUUGCUCACAGACUCUCUACAAUCAGGACAGCUGAUGUUAUUGCAGGCUUUGAGAAGGGUGUUCUUAUCGAACAAGGGACACAUAGUGAACUCAUGGCACAUAAAGGAGUUUACUAUGCCCUUGUAAUGCAGCAGAAUUACCAGGAAGAAGAACCAGAGAGUGAAACAUCAAAUGAAGAAACAAAAUUUAAGACUGAGGAUGAAAAUAGUGACAUUUCAGAGAAAGAAGAUUUAUAUGAAACAGAAGAUCUAAAUGAUUUGGGGAGUUCUAAUGGUGACCCAGAAGUAGCUAAGUAUGGAAGUUUACGAAGAGUAUCCAACAGACCUUCACUCAGUAGGGCUUCUACUAAAAGAUUUUCUGAAAGAAAAAGGAGAAAAAAACAGAAGAAAGCAAAGAAAGUCCAUGUGAAAGAGACUCUCCCAGAUGUUCCCUACACCAGGAUCCUGGCUCUGAAUAAGCCUGAAUUCUGCUACAUAGCAAUUGGGAUCGUUGCUGCUGCCAUUGGUGGAGGUGUUACUCCUGCCUUUGCAGUUCUGUUUGGUAAAAUUAUUGGGGCUUUCCAAGAACAAGAUGAUGUAAAGAAAAGUCAGAAGACAGUCCUAUAUUCUAUCAUGUUUCUGGUGUUGGGAGUGAUCAGCUUAAUAACUUAUAUAAUCCAGGGAUUCACUUUUGGGAAGUCUGGAGAAGCUCUCACAAUGCGGUUGCGCUCUCUUUCUUUCAAAGCCUUGCUGCAGCAGGAAAUUGGAUGGUUUGAUGAUCACAAUAAUGCUAUUGGAGUUUUGUUAACCAGACUUUCAACAGAUGCUUCCCAAGUUAAAGGAGCUACUGGAAGUCGACUGGCCUUAAUGACCAUGACUUUCUUCACACUCGUGACAGCUCUUAUCAUUGCUUUUGCAAAUGGUUGGCAAUUAACGCUGCUCAUCCUAGCUUGUAUUCCCUUCAUCCUUGUUGCAAAGACUUUUCAAAUGAAAUCGAUGACAGGUCAUGCAGCUCAGGAUCAAAAAGCCCUUGAAGAAGCUGGAAGGAUUUCAACAGAAGUUGUAGAAAAUAUAAGAACUGUUGUGGCAUUAACAAGAGAAGAUAGAUUUUUUGAGAACUACAAAGCAAGCUUAUAUAAACCACACAAGGACAUACUAAAGAAAGCUCCUAUUAAUGGCUUAUCCUAUGCCAUAGGCAUGAGUUUCAACUUUUUUAUAAAUGCUGCUGUCUUCAGUUUUGGAGCAUGGCUUAUUGCCCAUUGUUUUAUGAAUUUUGAACAACUGUUUAUAGUUUUUUCAUCAGUGGUUUUUGCUGCAAUGAAUGCUGCCCAAGUUAAUUCUCUUGCACCUGAUUUUAGCAAGUCAAAGGUUUCUGCCCAAAGAAUAUUUCACCUUUUGGAUCAAAAGCCUGUAAUUGACAGCUAUAGUGAAGAAGGAGAUAAAUUAGAGAAAUUUGAAGGCAACAUUGAAUUUAAAGAUAUCCAUUUUGCAUAUCCAACCAGACCAGAAGUUCAGGUUUUGCAAGGGCUCAAUAUAAAGAUUAACAAGGGCCAGACCCUGGCUCUCGUGGGUAGCAGUGGCUGUGGCAAGAGCACUUCUAUUCAACUUCUAGAGCGAUUCUAUGACCCAGUGUCAGGACAAGUGAUUGCAGAUGGUGUAGAUAUCAAAUCUCUACAUAUACAGUGGCUAAGAUCCAGACUGGGACUUGUACAACAAGAACCUAUUCUGUUUGACUGCAGUAUUGCAGAGAAUAUCCAGUAUGGAGAUAACAGCAGAGUUGUUAGCCAGGAAGAAAUUGAAGAAGCAGCCAAAGCAGCCAAUAUUUACAAUUUUAUAGAAAAUCUUCCAGAGAAAUACAAUACUCGAGUGGGUGAUAAAGGAGCACAGCUUUCAGGAGGACAGAAGCAAAGAAUAGCUAUUGCUCGUGCCCUUGUCCGAAAACCAGCAGUUCUUCUUCUAGACGAGGCCACAUCAGCUCUGGAUACAGAGAGUGAAAAGGUUGUCCAGAAAGCAUUAGAUGAAGCUCGAAAAGGCCGAACCUGCAUUGUUAUUGCUCAUCGAUUGUCAACAAUCCAGAAUUCUGAUAUCAUAGCAGUCAUCCAAAAUGGCAGUGUAGUUGAACAAGGAACUCACAGUCAGCUACUGGCAUUGGAGGGAUUUUAUUAUGCACUUGUCAAUGCCCAAGUAUCCCAUUAGUUGUAUUUAUUAAACCAGAAACAGAAGUUUGCAGAAGUUAGCCCAAGAUGUGAUAUGAAAAACCACUAUUCACCAAGUCCAAAGCAGGUUUGGGUUUGGGUUUUCAAACAGCAAUCCAUUUUGCUACAUUGAAAGAUAAGUACUAAUAAUGUGUUGUAAGUGGAUCUCUUGUUCAAAAUUUAUACUUUUCAUUCUUAUUUCAAUUUUUUUUGGCACAACCCCUUUAGCACACCAAAAAUUAUUCAUUGAAUCCCAGUCAACGUGAAAAAUGACUGUUGCAUGUUCCGUUAUCAAGAAAUUCUCAGGUGCCUGCAAAUGCAAAGUUCAGAUAGUUGGGCUACUUAUGUGAAGAAGAAGAAAAAUACUUAUUUAUAUACUGCUGUGUUACAAUUUGUUUUUUAUAAUGAUGCUGAUGAUAAUUUAGGUAAGAGUAAUAAAAAUGUUACAAAGCUCCAUAAUGUUCAACUGCAUAAUGAAAUUCAAUGAGGUGAUAAAGCAUAUCUAAAAGUAAUCAGUUCAGUCCAACUAAAAAUAUCUUAUAUAAGAUAAGAUAUAAGUUAAUAUAAAUUUCCAAAAACAAUUAAAUCUAGAAAAUCAAAUUCCAGAAAUCCUGGAAGCAGAAAGUAAGUUAUUGACUCUAGCAGAUGUUCCAGUGGAACACAUAUCAAACUUUUAACUUCAAGAAAUAAUAUACAGAAAACAUCCUUAAAAGAUCUAAGAAAUACAUAAUCUCUUUUUCCUCUUUAUUCAAAAGGAAUGAACCAAGAAAUUUUAGAAAAAUCAUUUUUAAUUGGCUUUAUGAAAAACAAAUUGGUAUAAUUUUGCUACACAAUAGAAACACAAAUUAGUAUCAAAAUGAUAUAUCUGCUAAUAUAAUUUUGUAAUCAUUGAGGAAUGCUUCAGAAUCUCACUAGCACAGUAGCUUUAUGUGUUUGUUUUGUAUUCCUAAGUACACAAUUGCUGUAAGUAUGACUUUCUCUUCCAUAUUAACUUUUCAGCUGCUAUUAGAAAUCAGGAGAAUAUCCAGUGCAGUUUUGUUAAAUUACAGUUUUUGAUUGUUGUCUUUAACUAAUUUAUUUUAUUUAGCAUUUGGCAAUGUAACAAUAUCUUGCAGACUACAAUGUUAGCACAAAAUAGUAGGUUUUGGCUGCCUGAGACUGCUAACCCAUUUUGUUCAUGCUUGCACACUGUCCAUAGUGCAUCACAGAGGAUGAGGUAGAUUCACACCAGAAAGAAAGAUGCACAGCAUCCAGCAGCCGGAUCCAGGCCCUUCUUCCUCCACCAAAGUCAUCUUACAAAAAAGUGCUGCAUCUGUUGCAUCUCGGAAGGUCCAUAAUCAGCAGAGUUCUGACCAUCCACACGAAGCACCGGGUUUAUUUCCCUCUGACGUGGUACCUAUUUAUCUUCUUGCAAAUAUGCUUUCAAACUGCUAGAUUGGCCAAAGCUGAGGAGUGUAACAGGAGCUCACCUCGCCAUGCAGACUCAAAUCACCAGAGCAGAGACCAUUUCCGGUAUCAUUAAGACACUGAGCCACAGCUCCUUCUGUUAAUAAUUUGACUAAUUAGGUUAUUCCACAAACAUUUUGCAAAUUAGUAUUCUGUUAAACAAUACACAUUGUAGGUUUGUAGUAUCACAACAGAAAAGAAUAUUUGUAGCUCAGGAUUGAACUGUGCUCUUUGAGCUUGGUUGUUUUCUUGCAAAUGUUUUAUUAUCAAACUACAUAACAUUGUCAGUGCUAAUGGGAAGUGGGAUUUACUCUCAUUUUAUACAGCAUUUAGACUUAUAUACUGCUUCAUAGUGCUUUUACAGCCCUCUCUAAGUGGUUUACAGUCUC